CUAUGUCCCCAACUAAUGGAGGAUAUAUUGGUCAAGCAAGUCAGCAGAGAUCUAUACAACAUGGUGACAGGGGAUCUACUCGUGAUGGAUAUGGUAAUCAUGAGGCUAAUAUUUCCAAUCAUGAGGUCGGAAAUGAGCAAAUGGAUGAUGAACUUUAUCAAGAAGAUAUGUUUGGAUCUAAUAGGCCCAAAGGUGACAGGAUGUCGCUAACUAGAGGAGGAAAUACAUCUAGCCGAGCAAGGCAGCAUAAAUCAAGACGUGGGGAUGGUACAAGGUCUAUACGGAGCAAUAAUGAACAUCAUGAUCCUAGUACUCUCAAUGAUAAGUUGAGAGGUGAGCAUGCAGAUGAUUUGCCCAGAGCUAGUAAUAGGACCAGGGGUCCUAAUCGUGGUAUUCCUAUGCCUGCUGAUCGAUCACAACAUAUCGAAAUAACUAUUAAAAAUAGCACAUAA